AUGAUUUAUAAAUUCGGCAUUCGCUUGUUUCUCGCUAGUGUUUUGUUUCGAUAUUGCGAAGCAGGAUUCCCGCGAAACCUAGCCUGGACUGGAGGUCCUGUACAUACGGAAUGUGAGCACAGUGCAAAAACGUUAAUUAGUAGUGGGCAAUAUAUUAAAGACAAUGUCGUUGCUACAAAAGCUGUAACGUUCAACGAUGACGUGUACAUAUUGACGCCCAGAUUUAAAAGCGGAGUUCUAUCGACAAUAUGGUUGAUAGUGCGUGGGCGUCGCUGUGUCGAACUCCAGCCGUUUCCAGAGCAACACUCGCAUUCUUUAGGAGACUGCAACCAAAUACAAAACGCUAUUGACUUCUACCUAGAUUAUUUAGGAAACCUAUGGAUACUGGACAGCGGCAUUGUGGAAACCUCAGAACAUCCUCGCUGUACCUGCAGACCGAAGGUGGUGGUGCUAAGCAUUCUGCUGAAGAAGUUCACAAAGCAAAUCCAACUGUCUGGUCUGGUAGUGCAGACUUCUAAUCUGCAGAACAUUGUGGUGGAGCAUGCAUUCGGAGGGCCUUUUGUCUACAUUUCCGAUGCCUCCCGCGGGGCCAUUCUUGUCCACGACGCAUCAUCUGGCGAACAACGGGCAGUACUGGCCUGUGCCCCAACUCUCGGCCUUCAUAUGGCAUUGGUGAAGAAAGGGUUAGUACAGUCCGUGCUGGUACUAACUAGAAUGCAGGAUGGACGAGUACUAGAAGUGAAUACCAAUGCUUUGAAGAGAAAGGAGGCAGGAAUUGCCCUUCGAGUAUACAGCGACAACUCAACCCCGCUAAUUAUCUUAGGCGCAGACACAUAUCACUUAUACCUACGUCACGCAACGUGUGCUGACGUUCUUUCCUGGGACACUCGAGAACACAUCAACUCGUCUCUUCUGAUGAACAUACAUUCCGCAGGCCCACGGAUGAUACCCACCUCAGUCACCGCACAUCCACUGAAACCCGUGCUAUUGAUUCUUGAUAAUAAUUACGUUGAUGCUACGUUUAAUAAAAUGGCUACUUAUCACCGAAUUACAUUUGUUGGCCAGUUGUAAAAUUUAUAAGACAUGAAAAUAUAAUUAACUGAAAUAAAGAGAGA